GUUCCAUUAUCAAUACACGUGUAGUUGGUUGUUGACAAAAUGACACUGGUCGCCAUCAAAUAUACACGUGGCAAACUGGAAAUCUUAGACCAGUUAUUGUUGCCAACACAAUCAGAAUAUAUUCCAGUAAAGAAUUCCGGGGAUGGAUGGAAUGUCAUCAAGAAAAUGCAGGUGCGAGGUGCACCUGCUAUAGCAAUCGUGGGCUGUCUGAGUCUGGCCGUGGAGGUGGCUGAAGAUCGGGAACACAGCACAGUGGGUGACCUGGCUCACUUCAUCUGUGACCGCCUACAUCACCUAGUGACUGCCCGCCCCACUGCUGUCAACAUGGCCGAGGCUUCAAAGAGACUGACCACACUCAUGAAGGACAUGGCAGCAGAGUCUGGACAAAGAGUGGACACUUUGAGAGAGAGGUUUAUGAAAGAAUGUGAGGAUAUGCUGGAGAAAGACAUUGCUGUCAACAAGAAUAUUGGAAAAUAUGGCGCCGACCAUAUACUGGCACAGUGCAAGAAUAAACCAGUGAAAGUCCUCACUCACUGCAACACAGGCUCUUUGGCGACUGCCGGCUAUGGAACUGCCCUGGGUGUUGUACGAGCACUUCACGAGAGAGAGAAGAUCUCACAUGCAUAUUGCACUGAAACCAGGCCCUACAACCAGGGCUCAAGGCUGACAGCGUACGAGCUAGUCCAUGAGAAGAUCCCUGCUACUCUUAUCUGUGACAGCAUGGCAGCUAUUCUCAUGGACCAGCAGGAUAUUUCAGCCGUAGUUGUUGGAGCAGACAGAGUUGUUGCUAAUGGCGACACUGCCAACAAAAUAGGGACAUAUCAGUUGGCAAUAGCGGCCAAACAUCACAACGUGCCAUUCUAUGUUGCUUGUCCUUCAACAACCUUUGACCCGAACUUGACCUCAGGGAAGGACAUUGAGAUUGAGGAACGACCUAGCGGGGAGAUGACAAGCGUGAAGGGAAUCAGAGUAGCAGCUCAUGGAAUCAACUGCUGGAACCCGGCAUUCGACAUCACCCCUGCCAGCCUCAUCACGGGCGGGAUCAUCACCGAGUUUGGGGUGUUUUCCCCUGCCGACCUCAAGGCACAACUCGCAGACUGCUUGAAGACUGACAACUGAUUGGGUGAAUUCCAGAGCAUUAAUCAAGAAUAUUUGCUUUUCCGCAGGGUCUUUGUGUUGUCAUAGCAUGGGUAACAGGUAUUACACAUUGUGUUCAAGGAAAACAGAAUUUCUCAACUUAUGAUUUUGAUAAUCUACUAUAAUGGCAAUCAUUUCUACCUUAAUGUGUAUGAGUUGUCAUGUUCCCAGGACAAGGGAGUUGACUGUGAAGGACCAGUUUCCUACCAAGCUGAACUAGACUGGAAUUUCUGGGCUCAAUCGUAGUGCAACCAGUGGCUAUUACAAGUUAUGUCCCUUCUAGAGCCCUCCUAUGGACCAAUCAGAUUCUACCUCUCAUAUUACUUGCAUUUGCUUCAAAUAAAAUGGUGUUGCCCAGUGAAGACGAUCUGAUCGUUAAUGAAGAUCUAUAUUGUUAUAAAACCGGUCGUACUUUGCGAAAUGCAUCAAAUCACGUGAGCACCCUGAUGAAAAACAUGAAAAGAUUUGCAAAAUAUCUGUUGACACUUAGUUGGAGGUUCACAUGCUUUGCAAAUCCUGCAGUCGAGCGAAAUCUGCACGUUUAAAUCCAUUCUGUAAACAAACCAGAUGUCUAGUUUGUUACGUGAUUUUGAUUGGACUAUGCAUAGACUCGUUAGUCCAGCCAAAAUAUGACUCUGGAAUUCCAGCCUAGUUCGCAAGGGUGGAAAGUGGACUCUUACAGUCAGUUAACUCCCUUGCCUCGGGAAGAUGAACAGAGAAGUACACUCAUUGUAACACAGAGGAUAGUCCUGGAUUUAUGAUUCCACCAAUAUUACCUAAAUCUACCAGAGUAUCAGAUUGUGUGUAGCUGCUUACAUUCAUAUGUGUUCAUCUGUGAGUCUGUGUGUGUGUGUGUGUGUGUGUGUGUGUGUGUGUGUUGGUGUUCGUGUGUGUGCUCAUGUGUCUGUGUGUGUGUUGGUGUUCGUGUGUGUGCUCAUGUGUGUGUGUGCUCAUGUGUGUGUGUGUGUGUGUGUGUCUGUCUGUGUGUCUGUCUGUCUGUUGAUGACUGUUUCCUGAUUGGCUGAUAUUAGAAUGUGUGAGACAUGUAUUGCUUUUUUGUGCUGAAUGAUGUCACUGAUUUCAUAUUGUUAUCAACAUAUUUUGUAUGUUAAUGAUUAAAUAAGAAAUCUGUGAAGUUAUCAUUGUUUACAUGUUUUUUUAAUAGGAAUUGACAUUUCCAUGUACCCAAAAUUAAUUGCUUACUUAGUUUAAUGGUCAGUGUGUUUAGUGUCCAGGUAAGAAAAUAAUUGAACAGAAGAGUCGACCAUUGACCUACAUAACUAAGACCAUUGAUCUACAUAGCUAAGGGGGGUUGGAGGUACACAGCAACAGUGUUCCUCACAGCAGUCACGGCCAUUAUACACUUCAGCAAAACUUCAGCACAUUCUUUUAUUGAAGUCUUCGAUAGGCAUUUAUAACUUUUAGAAGAUGGGAGAACAUGAAUACAUGACACCUUUUUAUGGAUAGCAACUUCUUGUACUUUUUGUAUGACGUUUCAGAGCUACUUCUUGCUGCUUCAUCAGGUGCUUAGUAAAUGCGUAGAGUACUAUAUAUACAUAAAUCAUGAUGUUUACACAACACAAGGUGGGAUUAAAGUACAAAGAUAACAAACACACACACACACACACACACACACACACACACACACGCAAAGGGGAGUUGAAGGGUUUACUCUUGUCAUUAGCUGGGGUAGAAUAGGUCUUCAGCAACCCAUGCCUCGGGAAGAUGAACAGAGAAGUACACUCAUUGUAACACUGAGGAUAGUCCUGGAUUUAUGAUUCCACAAAUAUUACCUAAAUCUACCAGAGUAUCAGAUUGUGUGUAGCUGCUUACAUUCAUAUGUGUUCAUCUGUGAGUCUCUGUGUGUGUGUGUGUGUGUGUGUUGGUGUGUGUGUGUUGUCUGUCUGUCCGUCUGUUGAUGACUGUUUCCUGAUUGGCUGAUAUUAGAAUGUGUGAGACAUGUAUUGCUUUUUUGUGCUGAAUGAUGUCACUGAUUUCAUAUUGUUAUCAACAUAUUUUGUAUGUUAAUGAUUAAAUAAGAAAUCUGUGAAGUUA